AUGGUAAGAUUAGGAAUAGAUAUAGGUUUAUAUAAGACAGUUAUGUAUACUUCGAAAAACAAUGGUACAAUUGUACCAGAUGAUACAGGAGCAAGAGAGUUUCCAACAGUUGUUGAAUUGACUUUACCAAAGCGUAAGUUUGGUAAGAAGGCAUCAAGUGAUAACAGUAGAGAAAUAGAAGUACGUCAUAGAAAUUUGAUGAGUAAUUUACAUGAUAAAGAUGGAAGAAUGAUAUUGUUUAUGUAUUUUAAGUAUCUUAACAGGGUAUUAAACAAUACUAAUUACAUCUCGGGUGUGUUAACAAUACCAGAAACAUUUGGUCAGAAAGAAAGAAUUGUUCUUAAAUCAUUAACAGACUCAACCGGUUUAAAGAUAGAAGAAUUUAUUACUGAUCAAACAGCUGCUUCUGCCAACUUUGCUGUUUAUAACUUCAAGAAGAUACCAGAAUAUGUAAUUGUUGAUUUUGGAGCUUCUAAAACCACAAUAGGUUUUUAUAAGGUUGUUGAAAAUCAAUUAAUUCCUGUAUCAAGAGAUGUGAUUAAUUAUGGAGCUGUACAAUUAGACAAUAUUUUAACUGAAUUAAUUAUUAGUAAGUAUAACUUGAAUAAUUCAAAAGUAAUAAGAGAACGUAUUUAUCAAAGUUUACUUUCAAUUAAAAAAGGUCUUAAUUCACUUGAAGGAACAAACACUAAUAUUUAUGAUGAAAAUUACAAAAGAGUAUCAAUCAAUGUAACUAGAGAAGAGUUUUUGUCUAAAGCAGAUAAAGUUUUGAAGAAGAUGCAAGAUUUUAUUGAUAAGAAUUUGAAAGGAAUCAAAGCUCAUAUUGAGGUAGUUGGUAAAAACUUUCAGAAUGAAUUUGUUAGAGCUCUUAUGAGUGAAUAUAAUUAUAAUAUUGCAAGUAAGGCAUCUGAAGUUGUUGCUAUAGGAUCAGCUCUUUUCGCGGGUAUCAAUUCUCAAUAUGAUAUGAAGUUUAAAUUCAGAGAGAUAUUAGGAAGUGAUGUUUAUCUUAAGAUUAACAAUUCAACUGAAUUAGAACAAGUAUUUGAAAAGUCAAGUCUGAUAGGUGAUGUUAAACAAUUUAAGUUAGUUGUAAAUGAUGUUGUUAAUAUUUCAAUAAUCAGUGAUAAAAAUUAUUGUUUGGGUGAUUUAGUUAUUAAUAAACCAGAUAAGGAAAGUGAAAUGAAUAUCAAUUUAGUAGUUAACAAAUUUGGAAUACCAGAAAUAAAGAAUAUUGAGUUAGUUUGUGAUGAAAAGACUAGUAGUUAUAGUGAUUAUAUUUUUAAUUAUAUUGAUCAAUGUUCUAAAGAAGAAUUAGAUGAGAUUAAUAACAUUGAAUCUAAAUUUGAUGAGUCUGAGAACAAUUUUAAAAAGGCUGGUGAAAUAAGAAAUAAUUUUGAGACAAUUCUUAAUUCAUUAGUAGACUGGUUUAUAGAAAACUUUUAUGAUCAUCCAUUAUCAAAUGAGGAAAAAGAACUUAUUUAUGACGUAUCAAAUGAUUAUUUUGAUUUAGAAGCCACAGGUGAUUUUGAAAAAGAAACCAGUGCAAUAAAAAGUGCACGUGACAGAUUAGAAUUUGUUACUAAAAAAUUAAAGGCAAUUGAACACGUAAUAAAAGAUGAUCUUGAUAAGCUUAGAGAAGAUAUUAGAGAGUUUGUAAAAGUCAAUUCUAAAAACACAAAGAGUGUUUUAUUAUUAAAAGGAAUUGAUAAUAAAAUAUCUAAAAUGGCAAGUAAGUUAAAAUUAUCAUUUGAUAGUGUUAAAGACUUCAGUAUAAUUUCAGUUAAAUCAUUUAAAGAAGAAAUUGAUGUUUUGAAAGAAAAAGCUAAAGUAGAAAUAGAAGAAGAAAAAGAAAGAGAAAGAAAAAAAGAAGAAGAGUUAAAAAUUAAAGAAGCUGAAAAUAAAAAGAAAGAUGAAAAUAAAAAGAAAGAUGAUAAAACAGAAGUUAAUAAAGAUCAUGUUUAA